GAAUGCAAAUUGGUUUGAAUUUCCUCCUUUCUCUGUCAACUUUAUAGAUAGGAGAAACCUACAGGGGACAAAUUCUCUCACCAUCUCUCAUUUUCUUCACUUUCUUGAUAUGGGGAAAAUCUGGAUUGAAGUCUGCCUGAUUUCUGCCCGGGGACUUGGUCGUUCUUCUUCCCUUUGGAAGCUUCAAUGGUUUGCUGUUGGGUGGAUUGAUCCUAACAACAAAUAUUGCACCAAGAUUGAUGCUUCUGGGAAUGCAAACCCGGUAUGGAGAACCAAGUUUGCUGCCUUAGUUGAUGACUCAAAGUUCCAAGAUAUGGCUUUGCAUGUUGAAGUCUACAGCAGAGAGCCCAUUUUUCUCAGGGAAAGGCUUCAAGGAACUGCUACUAUUGUCUUGAAAGAAUUUAUGGCCAAGUAUAGCAAGAAUACUGAGGGUUCCAGACCAGGAACUGAAGAAGUCGGGAGCUAUCAGUUGCGCAAAAGAAAUUCCAACAAACCUCAAGGAUUUGUUGAUAUUUCAAUUCGUAUCUCAGAAGAACGGGAAGAGACAAGUUUAUACCAAGGUAACGAAGGUGGAAUCAUGCUCAUGGAUCAAAGCAACAACGUCAAGUUGUCAACUGAAGGAGGUUCAGGACAAGCCUACCCAACCCAGCUGCCUCUGAACCCCAUUUAUCGACCAGAAAACCAAUCACAGACAAAUUUUCCAUAUGCCCAUUCAGUGCCAUACUCUACAAAUUAUUCAAACGUGUCAGUUGGUGGACAAAGCUACCCUCCACCUGCAGGACCCAGCUAUCGUCCACCACGAACUCCUCCACCACCACCACCGCCUUCCAAUGUAGGUUACAUACCCACUUUUCUACCUAGAACAGAUCAUUUGUCGUCAACUUAUGUGGAUACACCAUCAUCUGGACCCCCAGGACGAGGCGUGAGACCUGGCUUUGGAAUGGGAGUAGGUGCUGGAGCAUUGGCAGCUGGUGCUGUUCUCUUUGGUGAUGACUUCAUGUCAGGAUUUGAUGUACCUUCAGGGUUACAGGAUCCUAGUCUUACCAUAUCAACUGAUCCUCCCUUCUGAUACAGUGAUUAUCCUGUAAUUUCUGUAAUUCUAUGAGAUGGAAUCAGAUUUUAUUAUAUUCCAUGAUGAUCCAACCGCUUGGCGAAA